GGCCAUGUUCUCGCGCGUCGUCGCACGUGUAAGUGUGCGCUGUCGCCUGGUUGUGAGUCAGCAAAACGGGAAGGGAGUCGUCGGCGAUAAUCUGCUCUCGCGACGACUGCUACGAGCGAGUACCGUCGGCCACGGUGGGCACCAGGGCGCGCGUUACUCCGGGAAAACGUGUGAGAUUGCGAGCGAGCCAGCGACGAGCGGAGCGACGAUGUCGGGCGACGAGAAGCCGUUUCGCCGUCUGCCGUUGUGCGUGCGUCCCUAUCACUACGACAUCUCGUUGACGCCGCAUCUCACCGCCUUCACCUUCGACGGCACGGAGAACGUGCAUCUCAAUGUGGACACGCCAACGGACACCAUUGUGCUGAAUUCUUUGGAGAUUAAAAUAAAAAGCGCGACCUUUCACGGAAAUGACGGCAAGACCAUUGCCGCCAAGAAUAUCGAAUUGUCAGCGUCCCAGGAGACGGCCAUGCUGGUGUUUCCCGAGGCUCUGCCGUCUGGCAAAAGCGGAUACCUGAAUAUAGAAUUCGUGGGCGAGAUCAAUGACAAGAUGAAGGGCUUUUACAGGAGCAAAUAUGUCGGAGAGAACGGUACCGUUGAACACGCGGCGGUAACCCAGUUUGAGCCGACAGAUGCUAGACGUUGCUUCCCAUGCUGGGACGAGCCAGCGCUCAAAGCCACAUUUGACAUUACGCUGAAAUUACCGAUCGGUCUUACGGCACUUUCCAACAUGCCUGUAAAAAGCAAAGUUACAAACGGCAACUGCGAGACAUUGACUUUUGAAAGAACGCCUAUUAUGUCAACGUACUUAGUGGCCGUAGUAGUAGGCGCUUUCGAUUACAUAGAGGACAUGUCUAGUGACGGUGUGUUAGUUCGAGUUUACGUGCCUAAGGGCAAGAAGAAGCAGGGCCAGUUCGCCCUGGAAGUGGCCACCAAGGUGCUGCCUUACUACAAGACUUACUUCGGCAUCGCGUAUCCCCUGCCGAAGAUCGAUCUCAUAGCGAUCGCCGACUUUUCGUCCGGCGCUAUGGAAAACUGGGGACUGGUCACGUAUCGCGAGACCUGCUUGCUCGUGGACCCGCAGAACACGUCGGCGGUGCGCAAACAGUGGAUCGCGUUGAUAGUGGCGCACGAGCUGGCGCACCAAUGGUUCGGCAAUCUCGUGACGAUGGAAUGGUGGACGCAUCUGUGGCUGAACGAGGGCUACGCGUCAUUCGUCGAGUUCCUCUGCGUCGCGCAUCUGUUCCCGGAGUACGACAUCUGGACGCAAUUCGUGACUGACACGUACAUCCGUGCGCUGGAGCUGGACGCCCUGAAGAACAGUCAUCCGAUCGAGGUGCCGGUCGGCCAUCCGUCGGAGAUCGACGAGAUCUUCGACGACAUAUCGUAUCACAAGGGCGCCUCUGUGAUCCGUAUGUUGCACGCGUACAUAGGCGACGACGAUUUUAGGAAGGGUAUGAAUCUGUAUCUAGAGAGACACAGCUACGCCAACGCGGAGACCGAGGAUCUCUGGACCGCGCUGGAGGAGGCCAGUAACAAGGCUGUGCGCAAGGUGAUGUCGUCGUGGACCAAGAGACAGGGUUUCCCCGUUGUCAAGGUCGACUAUCGUCAAGAAGGCGACAACAGGAUCUUGUCGUUGUCUCAGGAGAGAUUCCUGGCCGACGGAUCGGUGGACAGUCAGGCGGAUAACGCGUGGCUCAUACCGAUAAGCGUGAGCUCGUCGCAAGAUCCGAGCAAAACGAUAUUCGAUGGCAUAUUAGACGCGAAAACUAAGGAAUUUGUGAUCCAAAACGUUCCCGAGGGCACAUGGCUGAAGAUCAACCCUGGUACGAUUGGCUUCUACCGAACUCGCUACAGUCAGCCCGCUCUGUCGCUUCUGUUGCCGGCGAUUAAGGACCACACGUUACCUCCUCUGGACAGAUUAGGCUUGCUGGACGACCUCUUCGCGAUGGUACAGGCGGGUUAUGCGUCCACGGUGGAAGUGCUCGAGUUGAUGCAGGCGUUUAUGCACGAGGACAACUACACCGUGUGGUCCACUAUAGUGAAUAUCCUAAGUAAAAUCGGCAUUCUCAUUUCGCACUUAGACUUCGAGGAUUCUCUCAAAGCGUUCGGGCGUAAUCUGUUCCGCGACAUUAACGCCAGAUUAGGCUGGGACCCCAAGCCGAACGAGAGUCAUUUAAAUACGUUACUCAGGUCCCUCGUGUUAGGCCGGAUGGCGGCGUUAAACGAUCAGGAUACCAUCGAGGAAGCGAAGAGGAGAUUCGAGCUGCACGUAAACGGCACGACGCCGCUCGCCGCUGAUCUGCGCAGUCCAGUUUACCGUGCUGUGCUCUCCGUGGGUGACGUCAAUACCUAUAUGACUAUACUGAACCUGUACAAAGAGACCGACCUUCAAGAGGAGAAGGAGCGAAUUUUGCGGGCGCUCGGCGCGACCAAAGACGAGGACCUGCUGAGAAAGGUCCUGGACUUCGCCAUGAGCGAGGAGGUCCGUGCUCAAGACACAGUAUUCGCGAUCAUGUCCGUGGGUCUGUCGUACAAGGGACGUCUCAUGGCGUGGAAUUUCUUCAAGGAGAAAUGGAAGACCCUGUUGGACCGUUACGAGGGCGGCUUCCUGCUGGCACGGCUGGUGAAGUUCACCACGGAGAACUUCGUCACCGAGGAACAAGCCAAAGAUGUAGAGAGCUUCUUCGAGAGCCACCCGACUCCGGGCACCGAGAGAACGGUGCAGCAGUGCGUGGAGUCCAUUAGAUUGAACGCCGCAUGGCUCAGCCGGGAAAAAGACUCCAUCAAAAAAUACCUGACCACCCAAGUCUAGUAAAGACAGUUUCUCAUCUCUUCUCCGUUACCUUAAUAGGACAUUGGCAUAUAAUUCGAGAUCGCGUGCAAACCUUAAAUGGGGCUUUGUCAUGCGAACAAUCUUAUGGUACUGCUUGAUAUUGUGAAAGGACGUUAAUUAAGUACGGUGUCUAAUUAAUUAGGUACCUACGUCUCUUGCGUAUGAGAUAAAAUGCAUAAAUAAUCCGAUACAAAUCACGUGUAUGCACGCUUGGCGAAAAAAAAAAAAACUAAUUUGUUUAAUACCGACUAGAAAUUUCACACACCGAGUGAGGGAAACAAAUGGGGAAAAAAUACAGUUUUGUAUACACUGUUAUUAUACCUCAUUGACGAGUCAUCUGAGCAUUUCUUUACAGUGUUUUAAUUGUAUUGUUUAAUUCUGGUACUGUCAUUAGGUUCCAUCAUUUAGCGUCUGUUUAUACAGAAACAAAUAGAAUAAUCACUUCGAUAUCUGUCAUGUAUUAAAUGAGAAGUUAAAAAACUGAAAAAUAUUAUAUGAUAAACUUUUUACUUUCAGUGACAUAUCGCAGCAAUAUUUAAAGCAGAAUUUAUUUAAAACAUGAUUUAUAUAUACAUAGAUAUAAUUUAGCUAAAGCCAGUUGAAAAAUUUAUUGCCUUUGUAUUGUUGUACAUGUCAUGUAUUACAUGAGCCAUUUGCAAGAUGUAUGCUCUCGAUAUAUAAAUGAACUCGAUAUGAAAAUGUACCAGCAAUAUUCAUGUAAAAGAACUACAUUCUAUAUAACAUCUUUUUUUCUAAUGAGAGAGCUAGUUUCGUUUGUCAAAAUAAACACAGGUUAAAUUCGA